CUUGCCCCAUGGUGUUUGAGAUUGGUUUUGAGUGUUUGGCAGGUUAAAUUUAGCCUAUUGAUGUAAGCUGCAUUCCAGUCACAACAGACCCAGAGACACACUCACAGUUUGGCUUUAGUGUCCAGGAGUGUGAAGAUCAGGGAAGAUCAAACUACCUACUGUAGGUUGACCCCUGAGCCUCCGUGUCUCCUCUUCAAGGAUACAGGACGACCAUCACAGUCCUCCUGAGUUCUUCCCAUCUCGCCAAAGCCACAAUGUCACAAUUCUGUACAAUGCCUGCUGGAGAGAGGAAGAAGUGUGCCACAGCUAUAUGCCGAGAGGUCCAGGGUACCAGCGGUUACGUUAUGGACCUUGGAAAGAAGCUCAGCACUCCUAAAGACAUCAUGUUGGAGGAGUUAUCUCUGCUUUCCAACAGAGGUUCUCGGCUUUUCAAAAUGCGCCAGAGAAGAUCUGACAAAUACACGUUUGAAAGUAUUCAAAACGAAGCAAAUGCGCUGCUCAGUAAUGAUAUUUUGAAUGUGAAUACACACACUGUGGAAAUAAAAGUGGAGCCACCAGCCAAUGGAAAUAUUGCUAAUGCUGAAAAAAAAGAUUCAGUAACGACUACUGAGAAGUUAAAUCCCACAGCUACGCACAAGUCCUAUCACUCCCCAUGGGAGGAGGCCCUGCUCCGUGACCCUUCCCUCGCUGAAACUCUCAAACUAAAAAUGCCGGCUGCAGACCCACGGCCAGAGCUUCCUGAAUACAAAUGCUUCAACCGGGUUGCCACUCCAUUUGGUGGAUUUGAGAAAGUUUCCAGAGGAAUCACAUUUAAACUACCUGAGGUGGACCUGAACCCCCCCAGAUACCCAGAGCUCCAGGACGCGGGGUUGAAGCGACCCACCUUCAACAGGACAGCCCAAGGAUGGAUAUCUGAGGGCACCCAUCUGAUUUUACCCACUAUUACCCUGGAGCCCAUCUCAGUGCCAGAGUCUGAUGACCUGUAGAUGAUUUUAUGCAAAAUGAUGCCAGCUUGGUGCUGCCUGUGACAAGAAAACAGCCAAUUAGUAACACUGAUUUUUUUUUUAAAAGAGAUUUUAAUGGACAGAGAGGGUUUCAUGUGUUUGACACCCUUUUAACUAGAAUGUUUACUGCCUUUAAAGACAUGUGUCAAAGAAAACAAUGUAAAUAGUAAAAGGAAUGUACCCCUACAUGUUCUGGAGUCUCUAGAGAUACUGAAAAUAUAUCUGUAAAUUACAAAGAUUUUGAAAAAUGAAUGAAGUGAUGAAUAUAAAUUGUAAAUAAAAAAAAUAUAUUUAUUGGUGG